AUGCUCCCAACUCCGUCUACUUCGCAUGUGGCCUUCGACACGAUAUAUGAGCCUGCAGAAGACAGCUAUCUCUUUCUCGAUACCCUAUCAGACUCCAAGGAAACCUCAUGGCUAUCCAGCAGAUUUCAUACUGGAGCCAUAUCCAAGGGGGCAGGAUAUCCUUCAUCCGGUGCCAGCUCUCCGCCACCAAUAAUCCUCGAAGUUGGGACAGGAUCUGGUGUCGUCCUCGGAUUUAUCGCUGCCAAUUGCAAGUCAAUCCUGGGCAGAUCAGAUAUACUAACUCUAGGCACUGAUGUGAACAGGAAUGCCUGCAGUGCAGCGCGGCAGACUGUCAAGGUUGCUGUAACGGAGAAACAUGCGGAGGAACAGCAAAAGCAAAAGCCAGUAACCCACGAUGAAAAUGAGAGUGAAUUAUCCAAAACAGCAAAGGCUCCAAACACUUUACAGCCCUUGGCUGUGAUAUUGGGGGAUCUCUGCUCUCCAUUACGACCGGGGACUGUGGAUAUUCUACUAUUCAAUCCCCCUUACGUACCGACACCAGAACUUCCACAACUUCCAUCUUCGUCAGAUAUGGCUUCUGAUACGAGCAAAAUGUCAAAAUUUGAGAUGGAGUCAUACUUUCUAUCCCUCACAUAUGCCGGAGGAGAGCUGGGCAUGGAAACUACAAAUCGCCUAUUGGACUCAAUCCCACAUGUUUUAAACCCUAAGCGAGGGGUGGCGUAUGUCCUGCUAUGCGCGCAGAAUAAACCCCACGAAGUCAUGGAGCGGAUUAAGGGAUGGGGAGACGGCUGGAAAACAGAAAUAGCUGGAAGAAGUGGUGUGAAGGCGGGCUGGGAACGACUAGUGAUAAUAAGAAUAUGGAAGAGCUAA